AUGACAAAGAAGAGUCAAAUUGCAUCUACUUUAGUGUAUUACUCCUCUAAUUUACGAGGUUUUUGCAGCGGCUAUCAGACAUGCACCAAGAAAAACAUAUCAGGGGUUAGAAUUGAUGAAGAUAAGGUGAAUUGGGGAAGAAGAAGAACAAGUGAAUUGGGGGAGAAGAAGACGAUUUGGGGGAAAGGAGACAAAUUUUGUUUUGGGGUGAAGCUCCCUUCUUUCCACGUCACAUGGUCCAACUUGGCAGAGAUGUCAUUUGUCUUUCGCUAUUCAAUUUCAUUUUCCCCCAAAAUCACUUUACUUUUUAUUUUAUCUUUUCUUUUGAGUCAGAUAUGUGUUGGGUUACACAUAUCAGAUAUGUGUAAAUACUUCCUCCUAAUUUACUAUGUCUUGUGGAAAAAAGUGGAAAAGUAAUAAAGACCAUGAUGUUGCGGUUUUACAUAUUGGCUAAUUAUUUCCAUAGUGUUGCAGUGGUGCACAAGUUGCUUGACCAUCUAGAAAAGAUUCCAGCUUUCAAUCUCAAGUUCACAACGUUAGGGUUCAAUCUCUGCUAUUGAGUCUGCUAUAGGUCGGGAUGACUUGGGAACAUUCCGAUUUCAUUUUCAAGAAUCAACUUUCGAUUCAAUUCCAUAAAUUAUUG